AAAAUCUGAGCUCAUUGAGGUAGCUUGUAUAAAUGCCUGACACAAUCAGUCAUCUUAAAUCACAAGAGGAUCUGAGGUGGCUGGCAGUUGAUCGAAUUGGUUUUUCUUUGUCAUUUGUCUUGUUUUAAAAUGGCAAACACGAACGAGAAUGUGUGCCUGAUUAAAGACCUCAAACCUGGAUUAAAAAAUAUUAAUUUGGUUUUCAUCGUCCUGGAAACUGGUCGAGUGUCUAAGACAAAGGAUGGACACGAAGUGCGUUCAUGUAAAGUAGCUGACAGGACCGGAAGUAUCACCAUAUCAGUGUGGGACGAGGUGGGCAGCUUGAUACAGACCGGAGACAUCAUCCGACUCAAUCGAGGAUAUGCAUCUCUCUUCAAAGGAUGUCUUACACUGUAUAUUGGGAGAACAGGGGACCUCCAGAAGAUCGGAGAGUUCUGUAUGAUAUUCUCAGAGGUGCCAAAUUUCAGUGAGCCCAACCCAGAGGUGCUGGCUAAAAUCAACCAAAUCAACAACACCCACGUAAAAACAGAAGCUCUUGGCAGCGCUCCUAGUAUACCGAAUCCAGGACCACCUGCCAUACAUACAGCCAACGGCUCUGCUGUGUUUUCUCCUUCUCCUGUCCCCCGAGAGAACUCUUUUGGUACAGGUGGGCGUCAUUUGAACCGCAGCCAUUGGAAGAGUGGCAGUGCUUCUUCAGGUCCAGGUGGAAGUCAGGGCUCAAAACACAUCGUCACCAUCACCAAUGGACGGGAUCCUCGCAGAGCACUGAAGAGAUGAGAACAAGAAAAUUAUGUUUCAGUAUUUGAGACAAUGUUAUUUUGUAUUUAUUUUUAAAUGCUUCUUUUUAUUUAUAAUCAAACUAUUGCUUUUCACUUAAUUGAUUGGUUAGGGGUUAUUUGGUCAAUGAAUUAUUUUUUUUUUUCUGGAUAUAUGAGAGGUUAUUUUUCAGAACAAAGUUGUGUACAAAUAAAGUUAGUUAAAAUCAAUCAGAUUUGGUUUUUAUGGUUAGUUUAUACAAUCUCAAAUAUUACACUUGAAUAUGGCACUUUGAUUAUCAAUCAUCUAGAGGAGCCACUUGUCACAAUGUCAUAGUACACUUAAUGCAGUAAUGUAUGUUAUUUGUCAGUGCUAGCACAACUUUCUGUAUCAAUAUCUUGACAGUGACCUGCUGUGACUUUUUUCCAACCAGAUUUUUCAGAAUAAAACUGAGCCGAGACUGA